GUCAUUCAAACGCAAAUUCAAAACAAUGACGGACCAGACAACUCCGGAGUGGGUGAACGAACAACUUUUCCACGGGUUGUUGAUGCAGUACAUCGAAAACUUCAACGCUAUUGUUAGCUUUGACGCCAAGUCGGCAACCGGCCAGGGCGAGAACUACCUCACAAUCGUGCUCCGGGUCCAAAUAACUAUGCAGCUGAAGGAUGACAGCACUGAAGAAGUCAGUUAUAUUCUGAAGAUCCCACUGGUCGGCGCGGAAGAUAGUGACGAUCAUGCGUUCCACGACAUGUUCAUUACCGAAUUGGAUAUGUACGAUCGACUGAUACCAGAGCUGGAGAGUCAGUAUAAGAGUACAUCGAUAUCGCCGAAAUUCAAACCUUUGCACUUGAAGUUUCCCGAAAUGCCUGUCAAAUGUGACUAUAUCCUCCUGGAGGAUCUCAAACAGAAGGGUUACAAGAAUGCCGAGAGGACGCAGGGCUUGGAGCAGUUUGAGGUGGAGGCUGUGCUCAAAAAGUUGGCCCAGUGGCAUGCGGCCUCGGCUAAAAGAGUGGUGGAUGUGGGGGAGUACGAAAAGGGCAUUCGUGAAAGCUACUUUACGGCCGAACAUCAAAAAAUGCUGGAAGAGUUCAAUAUCAACUUCUCUGUCCCCUUUUUGGAAUGUAUGAAACAGUACGAUUUAGAUCCCUCGCAAAUGGUUUUGAUAAGCAAUUACACAUCUCUUUUGACGGAUUUGAAUAUAGAGUUUGGUCGCAACGAUCCGGUGGAGCUGAGUGUUUUGAAUCAUGGCGAUUUUUGGUGCAACAACUUUAUGUUCAAGUACAACGCCUUGGGGGAAGUGGAAGAUGUUUGUUUGGUGGACUUUCAACUGCCAAAAUAUGGUACUCCUGCUCAGGAUCUAUUUUGCCUCUUGAUAACCUCACCAAAAUUUGCCAUAAAACUGCAAAAGUUUGACCACUUCAUUGAGUAUUAUCAUCAGCAGCUCGUGGAGCACCUGGCUAUGCUCAGCUAUAACCAAAGUGCCCCCUCACUGGCUCAGCUGCACCUCCAUCUAAAAAGAUACAGUCUCUGGGCAUUUAUAUGCGCUCAACGAAUGCUGCCUAUAGUGCUGCUCCCGCCGGGUCUGGACUCCAAUAUAGCCAACGUAAUGGGAAACUCUGAGGAGGCGACGGCGUUCAAGCGGAAUAUGUUUCUCCAACCGGCUUACGUCCAACAAAUAAAACAGAUACUGCCGUGGCUCAUUGAACGGGGUUACAUAAGGUGAAUCUGAACGCAGCCCCAUAGCAGGUUUCAACUAAGCUCAAUUAUAUAUCAAGUAUUAUAGUAUUCGUUUUGUUCUUAAAAAAAUGUAUAAAAAAAUAAUAGAAUAUGA